AUGCUACCCUCUCUCCUCCAAGUCUGAUAGUCAUAGGGGACGAUGGCGGAGGCAUUCGACAUACCGCCAUGCUGAAUACUGCUCACUUGCGGAUACAUUUCUCCGCCAGAAUAACCGCAUUCCGAACCCCAAAACUUGUCAGUCCUGCGCUACCCAGCAAAGUAGCUGCUAGGUGCUCUCACCAUGCGGCUCACUAUGACGGACCAAGUCCCACGAUAGCCGUCAUCGGCUCUGGGCCAGCUGGCUUCUAUACUGCACAAAAGGUGAUGCGCGAGAUCAAGGGCACCAAGGUCGACAUGUACGAACAAUUGCCCGUCCCAUUUGGUCUUGUGAGAUUCGGGGUAGCACCAGACCAUCCGGAGGUCAAGAACUGUCAAGACACCUUCGGAGACGUCGCAGCCUCCCCAGAGUACACCUUCAUCGGAAAUGUGAAUCUCGGGCACGACUUGCCUUUACCCUUACUAGCAAAACACUAUGACGCCAUUGUCUUUGCCUAUGGAGCAUCGAAAGACCGUAAGCUGGGUCUAGAAGGAGAGGACAAACCACACAUUUACUCUGCCCGAGCGUUUGUUGGCUGGUACAAUGGACUUCCGGAAUACCGCAACCUGAACCCCGAUCUGACUGCGGGAGAGACAGCAGUUGUGGUAGGACAAGGCAACGUCGCGUUGGACGUGGCUAGAACGUUGCUGAGCAAGCUGGAACAUCUCAACAAGACGGACAUAACAGAAUAUGCAAUUCAAGCCCUGUCGCGAAGCACCAUCAAACAUGUCCAUGUGGUCGGUCGACGAGGUCCCAUGCAAGCAGCGUUCACGAUCAAAGAGCUCAGAGAGCUGCUACAGCUGGAUGACGUGAACUUCAAACCCGUCCCUGACGAGCUGUUUCCCAAGGAUUUAAAGAGUCUGCCGCGACCUAGAAGACGAUUGAUGGAACUUCUGAAGAAGGGUAGCCCUACAAAGGAGAACGCAUCUAAGUCUUGGUCACUGGAUUUCCUGCUCUCCCCACAGUCGUUGACCUGGUCUUCUUCAGAAUCUGACAAACUCGAAGGGGUGAUGUUCUCGAAAACUCGACUUGAACAACCAGACUCGCCGGAAUCCAAGGUCACAAAUACGGAUGAGAGACAGUUGAUUUCCACAUCGACCUUGUUUCGUUCUAUUGGAUAUAAAUCAGAAGCCAUACCGGGCAUGCAAGAACUCGGAGCUGAUUUUGACGAGCGGAACGGAACAAUUCGACACGACGGGAUUGGCAGAGUGGUGUCUCUGGACACCCGUAAGGGCGACAAAGCCAGUCUGUACUGUUCAGGCUGGGUGAAGCGAGGUCCGACCGGUGUGAUAGCCAGUACCAUGACCGAUGCUUUCCAAACCGCAGAAGCCAUUGUCGAGGACUGGAAGAAGACAUUCGAUUCACCGCGGCCCAGUCGAGGUGGAUGGAAGGGUGUACAAGCUGAUGCUCAAGCGCUCAAACUUCCAUUACGACCUGUGCACUGGUCGAAUUGGCAGAACAUCGAUCAGGUCGAGAAAGCUGUCGGUGCUGAACGCGGAAAGCCAAGAGAGAAGUUUGGCGACGUGGAUGAGAUGCUCAAGGCGUCUGGUGUAUCUGACUGAGAAAACCAUGUCUUAGACAUACUAUCUACAAGGCUAGAAACAUUUCGUGUACUAAAAAUCCACUCAAAACGGUCAUAUGAUGACUUAUUACCUUAU